AUGUUUGUCGAACUUGGAUCAUCAGAUGAGCUUGUCAGCUUCAUCAACGACAACGAAACGUGCCUGGUAACCUUCUCAGCUACCUGGUGUGGUCCUUGCAAAGCAACCAAACCAAAAUUGAAAGACGAGAUUGCUGAAAAAUCAACAUUGAAUUUCGGAUAUGUCUAUGAGGAAGAUCUAGAUCCUGAUUUCUUUGAUGUUUUUGUCGAGAUCAAGGCUUUUCCGACGUAUGUCAUUUUCAAGAAUGGGCAAGAAGUACAAAGAGUCGAAGGGACCGACCUUGAUGCCCUACAAAAGAUGCUCGAUGCACAUUCGUCAUAG